CUUCAUUUUGGAUAAAAAAUGUGUGAUCAGACCUUUCUCGUUAAUGUAUUUGGCUCCUGUGACAAAUGUUUCAAACAACGGGCUCUGAGACCGGUUUUCAAGAAAUCUCAACAGCUCAGCUACUGUUCAAUGUGUGCAGAAAUUAUGGCAACCGACGGGCUGCACGAGAACCAGACGCUAGCGUCGCUGAAGAGCGAGGCCGAGAGCCUCAAGGGCAAACUGGAGGAAGAGCGGGCCAAGCUGCACGACGUGGAGCUGCACCAGGUGGCUGAGCGGGUGGAAGCUCUGGGGCAGUUUGUCAUGAAGACCAGGAGGACCCUCAAAGGCCAUGGGAACAAGGUUCUCUGCAUGGACUGGUGCAAAGAUAAGAGAAGGAUCGUGAGCUCAUCCCAGGACGGGAAGGUGAUCGUGUGGGAUUCCUUCACUACCAACAAGGAGCACGCAGUCACCAUGCCCUGCACGUGGGUGAUGGCCUGUGCGUAUGCCCCGUCGGGAUGCGCCAUUGCAUGUGGUGGUUUGGAUAAUAAGUGUUCUGUGUAUCCACUGACGUUUGACAAAAAUGAAAACAUGGCUGCCAAAAAGAAGUCUGUCGCUAUGCACACCAACUACCUGUCAGCCUGCAGCUUCACCAACUCAGACAUGCAGAUCCUGACAGCGAGCGGCGACGGGACAUGUGCCCUGUGGGACGUGGAGAGCGGGCAGCUGCUGCAGAGCUUCCACGGGCACGGGGCUGAUGUGCUCUGCCUGGACCUGGCCCCCUCGGAGACGGGCAACACCUUCGUGUCUGGGGGAUGUGACAAGAAAGCCAUGGUGUGGGACAUGCGCUCCGGCCAGUGCGUGCAGGCCUUUGAAACACACGAAUCUGACAUCAACAGUGUCCGGUACUACCCGAGUGGAGAUGCCUUUGCUUCAGGAUCAGAUGAUGCUACGUGUCGCCUCUACGACCUCCGGGCAGACAGGGAGGUCGCCAUCUAUUCCAAAGAGAGUAUCAUAUUUGGAGCAUCCAGUGUGGACUUCUCCCUCAGUGGGCGCCUGCUCUUCGCUGGUUACAAUGAUUAUACCAUCAAUGUCUGGGAUGUUCUGAAGGGGUCCCGAGUCUCCAUCCUGUUUGGACAUGAAAACCGUGUUAGUACUCUCCGAGUUUCCCCUGAUGGAACUGCUUUUUGCUCAGGAUCAUGGGAUCAUACCCUGAGAGUCUGGGCUUAAUCAUCUCCUGAUGAUGCACACAUGGGCACCUGAGGGUAGAAUUUGAAACCGUCAUAUGUAAAUAGAUCUUUUGUCUAGAGGAUCUGAGGGUUAUUGCAACGUAGCUUAAAGGAGUGACUCCUCGGCUGCAAGUUCACUCAGCGUCCCCGAUAUUACUAUUAAAAUGACCACCCCUGGAAAGACCCCAGUGUGGGCCUUCACCACUAGAACACCUUCAAGUACAGUGUUUUGCAUUUUGAAUACUUUUUAAAAAUGUAUCCAUUUUAAAGAUUAUUCUAAUUAUACCGUGUCCACAUAUUCUAUUACCAAUAGGAUUCAGCAUUUAAUAAAUCCCCUAGUACUUCCUUAAAUCAAAUUUGUUUUCAGAGCACUUUAAAAUCUGAUUCUUCUCAGUGUGCACUGUGUCUUGUGGAACUUUCCUCUAGAAGUGCUGACUUAACGGCGGGCUGCACGAGGCCGGCCACGUUGAUUGGUCUGUGAUAGAAGAAAAUUCCAAUUCCAAACGCAAUUGGACAAAAUCCCUUUUUAAAAAAAUGUUUUUAUUGUAAAAGUUUCUUUUUCAGUCUCGCAUUGUCUUUUUUCAGAUCAAACAUUUCCCUCUGUGUGAACUGUCAUCAAUGGAAGAAAGAUGUGCAUAAAGUGGACAGGAUGUUUGAUUUAUGAAUUCUGUGAUGAUGUGAUGGAUCCCUUGGACAGGGUAUUUCCUGUCAUUUGAGGGAAAAGCUGAAUGCUGUUUGUGACACAAAGGCUUCUCAGAGCAACCAAAACCUUUCUGUGUGGGAACACAAGACAGUAAACUUACUUAAAAACCUACUAGUAGUAUUAGAUGUAUUAGAAUUAGUAGUAUCCACUCAGGAUACUAAAAGUAUCAUAGUAGAUCAUAUCCAUAUGAAGUAUAUUCAUAUUUAUUGCAUUGAAAAUGUAAUUACAUACACAAAUUAGUUGAUAGGUCCCAAGUGAUAAUGUCUUUGCCUCUCUUAUAUUGAGAAAAAAAUAACACACAAAAUACUUGUCUU